AUGGAGAAGUGUCUGUUCGGGGCGAAAAGUGGGUGCUUCUUGGGAUAUAUCGUCACCGAGCGGGGCAUUGAGGCAAAUCCCAGCAAGGUGAAGACACUUCAAGAUAUGCCACCACCGAGAAACUUGAAGGAAGCUCAGCGCCUCACCGGCCGGAUAACAUCAUUAUCACGGUUCAUCUCCAAGUCGUUCGAACGGAGCCUUCCUUUCUUCAAGAUUUUGCGCCGAACCACCAAGUUUCAGUGGGACGAGGAGUGUGACCAGGCCUUCAAGGAACUCAAGGCGUAUCUGAACUCGCUACCCGUACUAGCUAAGCUUACUGUCGGUGAACCACUUCGGAUCACUACGUUCUUGCUUGCUGGAGAAGAGAAAGAUGAAAAAAAGUAA